AAACGAUCAUCCGUCAGUUCAUUCGGAGAUCCCCAACAAAGCAGAAGCCCUGUCAAAUUUCAUCGAAACAAAUGUAUUGAGUGAGACUUCUCUGGAAUAGAUGCUUCCAGAGCACUUGAAUUCAUGUUGAUGUGCUAGUGUAUCAGCGCAAGUCAAGGGUUUCUCAUAUUUCAGCAGUCCCAAGCUUUUGGAAAUCAAACAUCCCCCUACCAAGCCAGACGGAUAUUCGUGGCCAGCCAUUAUUCUCCUCCCCCUUUCCACGUGUGGUGACGAAAACAUCGUACGAUAUUUCGUUUACCGGCUUCGGCCACAGAACUGUACAUCCCUCUACAUCCAACGUAUUCAACGUGCCGGGUCGCAUCCACGGACUCUUGGCCAAGUGCUUGAAAGUGCUGAGCACGGUAAAGAAGACGCCACCUGAUGCAACAGGGUCGUGUUCGACGAUCCGUCAGGCACUGUUGAUCGAUUUGAGUGCAUGAAUCCAAUUGUUCAGUAUUAGUGAAGGUCCGUGCUUGAGCUUUGAACCAAAGUGAUGUUGGCAUUGUGUUAGCCCAUCAGAGAGGAUUGAGUAUGAAUCUGAGCCAAGUGUUGGCACUGGCCAUUUUGGCUGCCACUCAAAUAUCAUGGAGCAUAGGCGAGGAGGCUUGCUCCAUUUAUCAGUUUAAGUGCGGGAACGGGAAAUGUAUUCCGUCGUCGUGGACAUGUGAUGGCGAGGACGAUUGUGGAGAUGGGACCGACGAGCAAGCCGAAUGUCGAGCCUAUGCAAAGCGGAUUCCAAAACUUAAAAACGUCAAUUGCUCCGAAUCGGAGUUCAAAUGCACGUCAGGAAAAUGUGUGCCAAAAAAGUGGCAAUGCGAUGGUGAAUCGGAUUGUGACGACGCCAGCGACGAAAGUCCAGACAGAUGUGCCGCUCGAACUUGCGGACCCGACGAAUGGAGUUGCGGCACAAAAGGCGGAAGAUGUAUCCCUCUGGCGUGGCUUUGUGACGAGCAUAACGAUUGCGAAGAUGGAUCGGACGAAGAAGUUUGCAAUCAAACUUGCACUGAGGAGGAGUUCACAUGCUCCAAUGGCAAGUGUAUUCAGAAGCAAUGGAUAUGCGAUCGAGAGGACGAUUGUGGUGAUGGGAGUGACGAGAAGGCGUGUCCUGAGCACAAAUGCGACCAGGUCAAUGACUUUGCUUGUGGGGAUGGUUAUUGUGUGACCAAAAAGUGGCGUUGUGAUGGGGAUGUUGAUUGUCCAGACGCUUCAGACGAAAAAGGUUGCCAAUCGAAAGAGAAGCCAAAUAAGACCAAUUCCACCCUGGAUGGUAGUGUCACGCUCAUAGCUUGCGCCACCACGGAGUUUCAGUGUCUGAACAAGGUCUACUGUAUCCAUCAUUCUUGGUUGUGUGACGGAGACCCUGAUUGUCCGGAUGGAUCCGAUGAAGCUGUGGAGCAAUGCGGAACCAAAGUGCAAUGUCGCUCGGAUCAGUUUCAGUGUGACAACGGCGAAUGCAUCCCCGGACACCUUCAAUGCUCGGGAGUCAGCGAGUGCAAGGACGGUUCCGAUGAGAUCAAAUGCCGCGAUCCUUCGCUAGGAUGCAACUCGACGGUGGAAUAUGAUUGCGCCAACGAUGGCACAAUGUGUGUUCCAUUGAGCAAAUUGUGUGACGGGAACAAUGAUUGUGGGGCAUGGCAGGACGAACCCAAAGGGGAGUGUCAUGUCAACGAAUGCCUGGUCAAGAAUGGUGGGUGUGACCACAAAUGCGUAGACUUGCCCAUUGGUCACCAGUGUGAAUGCAAACAAGGCUACGUUCUCGUCGGGGAUCGAAGUUGUCAAGAUGUGAACGAGUGCCUGACACCAGGGACAUGUUCGCAGCGCUGCAUCAACCGCCCUGGGGACUUCAAAUGUCAGUGCCUGAAAGGCUAUCUCAGGGACCCCAUGGACAAGACUCGAUGUAGAGCGGCCGAAGGCCACCCUUCAUUGCUCUUUGCUCACAAGUCGGAUAUCCGGAAGAUCUCGUUGGACCGUGGUGGAGCCAUGUCCAGCAUUGUGAAUGAGACCCGUUCCUCUUGUGCGGUGGAUUAUGUGUUCAAGACGGGCAUGAUUUUCUGGUCGGAUGUGAUGACACAAAAAAUCUAUAAGGCACCAAUUGACGAAGGCUCCAAGCAAGAAGUGGUGAUUGAUCACAACAUUGUGACGGCCGAUGGCUUGGCCUGUGAUUGGGUGUACUCGCAUCUGUUCUGGUCGGACACUGGAACCAACUCCAUCAUGAUGUCCGACUUUGGUGGCAAGCUCUUGGCUCGAGUGAUCAAAGACGAUCUCGAAGAGCCCAGAUCGAUUGCCGUCUAUCCCGAGAAAGGAUGGUUAUUCUGGUCAGAUUGGGGCGAAAAGCCCAGGAUCGAGCGAUCAGGCAUGGAUGGAUCACAUCGGUCUGUAAUUGUGUCAGAAAGUGUUCGAUGGCCCAAUGGUAUCACUUUGGACUUGGUCCUGGAGCGUGUCUACUGGAUUGAUGCCAAACUCAACUUGGUGGGAUCCGCCGAUUUGGACGGAGCCCAUUCCAGAGUGGUCUUCUAUUCUCCCGACCAAUUGAAGCACCCUUUCAGUAUCUCAUUGUUCGAGGAUUGGAUGUAUUGGACAGAUUGGGACAAGAACGCCAUUUUCAAGGCCAACAAAUUCAAUGGAAGUGACGUUAUGCCUGUCACGGCCAUGAAUAUGAAACAAAUCCCAAUGGUGGUCCACGUGUACCAUCCCUACCGCCAACCUGAUACGACAAACCAUUGUCUUCCGCUGAAUGGACGUUGUUCCCACAUUUGCCUGCCAGCUCCUCAACUCACGAAAAGAUCUGCCAAAACCACUUGCUUCUGUCCUCUUGGCAUGAAACUGGGACAAGACAAUCUUAAUUGUGAAGUCGACCCUUUUUAUUCGGAGCCAGAUCAUGAUUCAGGGAUGGAAUUAUUCCAUGUGAAUGCCAUCAAUCACACUCAGCCUCAACAAAGCCUGGAAUGGAACACCACAGCUUUGGAGAGCUUCUUCGAUGACGACGAGAGUAACAACAACAACAACAACAACAACAGCAACACUAGCAACAGUAGCAGCACCCUGGCAACCAGCGAGUCCCCAAUGGUGGCUCCGCUCUGGUCAAGUUUUUUCGAGGAAACCAACUACCAGUUUAGUAAUGCCUCGGUCAUGCUCAAUAAUCAAAAUGACGAACCCGAUUCAUCUUCAUUCGCGGACCGGGCUCGAACCCGGGAUCGUCUCCAAUCCCUAUCCUCCUCCAGAAGCUCAGUCGCUCAUCCCGAGGGCUUCAUGGCUGGCAUCGCCAUUGGAGCCAGUGCCGGGGUCUUGGUACUCAUAGCCAUUAUUGGUAUCGCAUUGUACCGCAGAUGUUGGUACAAGUCCUUGCAGACGAUCAACUUUGACAACCCUGUGUAUCGCAAGGCCACGAUCACGGAUGAGCCCAUGAGCAACCUCAUGUCAUCGCGAGAUACUCAGAGCUCGUUAGCGAGCUCACUUUUGUCGACCCCGUCGACUUGUCCAACUACGAGAACUUUCACGUCCAGCACUUUGGCUCAAGAGGCCUCAGAGGGCAUUCUCAUGAGAGAUCCACUCAUAACAUUUUCCUAAAAUGCCUGGAAGAUAACCGAAGUGGAGCCCCUGACGUCGAAUUCCGAGAGCAAAUGUUCCAGCUCGGACAGUAUCGUCUAACCCGAAGCCAAGAAAUGGAAGAGGAAAGGAUCUCGUUUUAUGGGCGCUUCCGAGAAAUGUCGAACAACAACAGCAGCAACAACAACAAUUACUGUACUAUUUAACGCCACUUGUCAAGCCAAGCCAAAUCUUGUUCUCUGAUCAAAAUGGCUGUGAUUUAAAUUAUUAAUAUUCAUUCCUGUUCCUUAGGUUCGAAUUAGUGAAAGAUCUGUAGUGAUUGUCAACUCGUGUUUUUGAUAUUAUUUUGGUGCCAAAGCCUGUCUGUCUGUCUCUCUCUCUCUCUUCUACCAUGGGAGACAUUCUUUUCGUGGUCAGGAUGUAUUCGUCAUCUCUAUUUUGUAAAUAAACAAUCAAAUUCAAAGUC